AGCUUAAUUGCUUUCUUAUAGUUGUAUUUUUAAAAUAAGAACAAACUGAAGCUCUAGUUUUCCACCAGGGGAUCUUAGGCACUCCACCUUGAACACAAGCAAUUAUAAUAAAUCAGCAUGGUGGCCCCGUGGGAGGGAUGGUUACAAUACUAUGGCACUGUGGGGGAAAUGGCCCCACGGCUUCCUGGGGGAGUUGGGAGGGGUCCCCAAGGCGGCAGCAGGACCAGCAGCUGGCUGGGUGUCACCCUGCAGAUGCUGGCUUCGUUGUAAUUGCAGUUUCCCUUUUCAGGAAGAAAACAGAUGUGUUUCCUUGCCAGUCCAGACAUAUGGCCUCUACUUAAGUUCCUCUUCAUUAAUUAAUAUGAAGACAACAAAAGUGACUAAAUUCGGAAUCAGAGGCUUUUAAAGCCUGGCGCCUCCUCGCCCUGGUCCCCAUCUUCCUCAGCCUGGCGGCCUCCCUGGACUGGCACACUGCCCGGGGCUCUGACCCCUUCGAGAAAUGCAUGCACGAUCCCGACUAUGAGCAGCUGCUCAGAGUUGUGACCUUGGGCCUUAAUCGGACCUCGAAGCCCCGGAGAGUGAUCGUGGUUGGUGCUGGCGUGGCCGGGCUGGUGGCCGCCAAGGUGCUCAGUGAUGCCGGACACAAGGUCACCAUCCUGGAGGCAGACAGCAGGAUUGGGGGCCGCAUCUUCACCUACCGGGACCAGAAGACGGGCUGGAUUGGGGAGCUGGGAGCCAUGCGCAUGCCCAGCUCACACAGGAUCCUCCAUGAGCUCUGCAAGAGUCUGGGACUCAACCUGACCAAGUUCACCCAGUACGACGAGAACACAUGGACGGAGGUGAACGAGGUGAAGCUGCGGAACUACGUGGUGGAGAAGAUGCCCGAGAAGCUGGGCUACCCCCUGCACCCCAAGGAGAAGGGCCACUCACCCGAAGAAAUCUACCAGAUGGCUCUCAACAGGGCCCUCAAAGAUGUCACUACACUGGGCUGCAGAAAGGCAAUGAAGAAGUUUGAAAGGCACACGCUCCUGGAUUACCUCCUCGGGGAGGGGAACCUGAGCCAGCCGGCCGUGCGGCUCCUGGGAGACGUGAUGUCCAAGGACGGCUUCUUCUAUCUCAGCUUCUCCGAGGCCCUCCGGGCCCACAGCUGCCUCAGCGACCGGCUCCGGUAUAGCCGCAUCUUGGGAGGCUGGGACCUGCUGCCACGUGCGCUGCUGAGCUCGCUGUCGGGGCCUGUGCUGUUGCACGCGCCUGUCGUGGCGAUUAAGCAGGGGAUUCACGAGGUUAGCGUGCACGUCGCGUCCUCGCGCCGGGCCCGGAACCUGAGGUCCAUGACCGCUGACGUGGUGCUGCUGACGGUGAGCGGGCCGGCGCUGCAGCGCAUCACCUUCACGCCGCCGCUGACGCGCAGGCGGCAGGAGGCGGUGCGCGCGCUGCACUACGUGCCGGCCACCAAGGUGUUCCUGAGUUUCCGUCGGCCCUUCUGGCACGACGAGCACAUUGAGGGUGGCCACUCAAACACCGACCGCCCGUCGCGCGUGAUAUUCUACCCGCCUCCGGGUGAGGGCGCGCUGCUGCUGGCCUCGUACACGUGGUCGGACGCGGCAGCCACGUUCGCCGGCCUGAGCCUGGAGGACUCGUUGCGCUUGGCGCUGGACGACGUGGCGGCGCUGCACGGGCCGAUCGUGUACCGGCUCUGGGACGGCAGCGGCGCCGUCAAGCGCUGGGCAGAGGACCCGCACAGCCAAGGCGGCUUCGUGGUGCAGCCGCCGACGCUCUGGCAAACGGACAAGGACAACGGGCAGGAGUACAACUGGGCAAUCCCCUACGGCCGCAUCUACUUCGCCGGCGAGCACACGGCCUACCCGCACGGCUGGGUGGAGACGGCCGUCAAGUCAGCGCUGCGUGCCGCGAUGCUGAUUAACAGGCGGGUCGACAGCCAGACCACCAGCGGGAACAACGCCCAGUUCAUCAGUAUCCACAGCAGCCCAGAGCGCGUGCACUCGGCGCCCGGCCACCACCAGUGCAACCUCGAAAGGGGGCAGGGCACCCCCCCUUCGACCACGACCCCAAAGAGGACCCAAUAUUAAAGUAGUUUUUGGAAACAGCCUUGUGGCCACGCCCCCUCCCUGGCUCCAUGGCAGGGAGCAAAGCCAUUAGUCCUCGCGGUACUGCGAGGACUGGUGCUGCACCUAUCCUGGAGCCCUGGAAGCUGUUUUGUCUUCCUAGGCCAUGGGGGCUCCGUUUGACGGAGUGGGAGGUACAGAUACCGCUUUGCCCCACUAAAUGGCAAUCACAGUGCCCGCCACGCCUGUCAGACACAGACGGGUCCUGAUGCAAGUAACAUAAAGCACAGCCAACAGUGGGUUAAACACCAGUUUAUUUUU